UCGGCCGUUCCGGAGGCCCCUUGUGAGUCUCGCUCAGCUGGGCGGCUCCUGAUUGGCGAAAACCCAAGCCAGGAUGGGUCGCUCCUCCCCCGUGCAGACUGAAGCCCGAGUUGUGUGCGACCCAGGCCAUCUGUUCGUCGUGGUCCUAACUCCCGCUUUACUGUGGGUCGGGUUUGUCCCUCUUCCUCCCCUUCCAACGCCCCCUCCCCCUCCCCGCCUUCCCAUUCUGCGCUCCACACUCCUACGUGAGGGAGCCCGGGGGCCUGACCAGAAGACACCUAGCUGGCUCUUUUCCGUGGACGGAAGAAAAGAGGCAUCGGCCGCAACGACCAGGACCACUACCACGCGGGAAGUAAGGCCCCAGAGCAGCCUCUCGCGCCCAAGCCGUUACUCAAUAGAAGAGUCACUUAAUCCGGGCAACGCGAGGAGGACUCCGGGGCGAGGGGCAGUAAAGAAGGAGCUCUCGGGGCUCCUGACCCCCUUCUCCCUCUCCCCUCUUCCCCAGCCGCCGCGAUCUGGUCUUGUCCUUCCUCCUUAGGACGAACCCGCCGACCCUCCAGCCCGGCGGGAAGAAGACCCGCCGCCAUUGGAAGGGGUCCCUCGGCGACGGCGGCGGUGGUCCCUUGGAGAGGGAAGCGAGAAAUCCGGAGUGUGAUCGCGGAGUGGGAAGGGGGGGGAGGGGGGACGGGACGGACGUUCCCGGUUUUUCGAGAAUAAGAGGCUCUCCCGCGCUAGAUUCCUUGAACUCAGCCUUUCUCAGAGGUGCAGGCUGGGGCUACAUGAGGAAGAUAAUUUUGAGCCUAAGACCAUAUCUAGAAAACCAUUGUCUUAAAGUUGUCUUCGGCUAUCUAUAUUUUCUCUAAGCCUGAGGGGAACCUCCCUUAUCUUCCCAAUUAUUGGAACAUGAAUAAUCUUUCAUUUGGUGAACUAUGUUGCCUCUUCUGCUGUCCACCCUGCCCAGGGAAAAUUGCUUCUAAAUUAGCAUUUUUACCACCUGACCCUACUUAUACUCUGAUGUGUGAUGAAAGUGGAAGUCGUUGGACCCUACAUCUUUCAGAAAGAGCAGACUGGCAGUAUUCUUCCAGAGAAAAAGAUGCUAUUGAAUGUUUUAUGACUAGAACCAGUAAAGGUAACAGGAUUGCCUGUAUGUUUGUGCGUUGCUCACCCAAUGCCAAAUAUACUUUACUCUUCUCACAUGGAAAUGCUGUUGACCUUGGUCAAAUGAGCAGUUUUUACAUAGGACUGGGUUCAAGGAUUAAUUGCAAUAUAUUUUCAUAUGAUUAUUCUGGAUAUGGAGCAAGUUCUGGGAAACCAACAGAGAAGAACCUUUAUGCAGAUGUUGAUGCAGCGUGGUUGGCUCUUAGAACAAGGUAUGGUAUCCGCCCUGAAAAUGUGAUUAUAUAUGGCCAGAGUAUAGGAACAGUACCAUCUGUGGAUCUUGCUGCUCGUUAUGAGAGUGCUGCUGUCAUUCUUCAUUCCCCUCUGACCUCAGGAAUGAGGGUAGCUUUUCCAGAUACUAAGAAGACCUACUGCUUUGAUGCAUUCCCAAACAUUGACAAAGUUUCUAAAAUAACCUCACCAGUGUUAAUAAUUCAUGGGACUGAAGAUGAAGUCAUUGACUUUUCACAUGGCCUCGCAUUAUUUGAACGCUGCCAAAGACCUGUGGAGCCUCUCUGGGUUGAAGGAGCAGGUCACAAUGAUGUGGAACUUUAUGGACAGUACCUUGAACGAUUGAAACAGUUUGUGUCACAUGAACUAGUGAAUUUGUAAAUUUCUUUGUAGAUUUACAUACUGUGUUCUGUUUUGAUGCUGAACUGGGCACCUUGGUAAAUAACUUAAAACCUGAAGGUUUUGUUUUCAAAUCAUGUUAGUUGCCUUCAUAAAUGUACAGGUAUGAUUUGUUAACAGAAUUAAUGAAGGUUUUAAUUAUCAGUAUAAAAAACUGGAAAUAACAGUAUCAUGCAGUUAAGCUAUGUAAUUUAUAUAUUUUAUGUGAAUUUUUUUUAAGAAACAAAAACCACCAAGAUGAGUACUGUAAGAAAUUUUAAUUCUAUAAAAAAAUCAAAUGCUGUAAAAAUAUUGCCAAAUGCUUUCACAUACCAGAAACGAAUUUAUAAAUAUUUUUUAAACAUCUCAGUGUAUUAAUUCUUGUUGCACUAAUAUAAUAUUCUUUUAAAACCCAUACAUCUAAAACUGUGCAAAUAGUCAAUGUUAAAACAAAUGGUAAUAAACACCAUGAAAUGUGCAAGUGUAGAGUUGAACUAGACUCUGUUAUGCAGGGUUAAUGGUUAAAAGGUAUUUUGUUGCCAUUUUUGUAUCCAUAUAUCCCAAUGGUUAGUCUUAUUUUUCUCUUUUUGUUCAUUACAGUGUUAGGCUUCAUUUUUGUCCCCCAUGUAAUAAUUUACCAACUGGUUACUUUAUAAAGGGAAAGUCAUUAGAUAACACUAAAUUUUAACUGACUUUGAGUCAUGAGGUCAGUACUGUGAGGCAGUUACCUAAAUUCUCAUAUUAGGAGUUUCAAAGAUGUUAGAAUUUCUAGAAUGAUUUAUUGUGCGCAGCAUUUUUUUUUUUUUUUUAACUUUGAAUGAUCGUGUAGAAAUACAGUACUCUUAAUAGUAUGGAAACCUGAAAUUUCAUUUAGGUUUAUUUUAUUCAGUAUCACAUGCACAUUCACUGCUGUAUUCCAUUCAGGUUUCCUUUGGCUGUUUUAAGUAUAGAACUUCUUGGUUUUGGCUGCCAUCUGAGAAUAUUACUAAUUUACUCCUUAGUAGAAGAGAAAGAAAAGAGAGAACAUUAACACUUUUGUAUUAACUAAUGUAGUUUAAAAAAAAUUGCAGAAAAAUAAAACUGUAAGUUGCCUUUUCCUUGGAUGAAUCUUGCCUGAAUAAAAUUAUGAAAGAAAAUGCAAAUAAAAUUAAUGGUAUGUAGUCUAAUUUGUAAAUGAUUGAAUAUUGAAAUAAUACACACUGUGGAUAUAUUUUAAGGCCUUAUGUAGUUUUAAUUGUUCUGCUUGUUCUGUGGUUAUGUCUAAGACUAUUGUAUAUGAUUCCCUUAAAAGUAUAUCAAGUAUUGUGAAUGCUUUGGUUUAGAUGUGUCAGAUUUAACAGUAAAAUAGCACAUAUCCCAC